GGCAUAUUUUAAAAAGAUUUUUAUCUUGAGCAAAUAAACAGCAAUUAUCCAUAUUUUUGCAGUCACUUGUCAAAAAGCAUUUAUCAGUACUAUCAAUGUUCAAUAAUACAUUUAUAUCAUCAUCUUCAGUUAGGGUACAACAUUUUUUUGGAAUUUUCUGUUUUUUACCUUCUAAAAUUAAAGUUCCAUUGAUUGGUGUUAAAACCUCGUAAAAACUUGAACCAAGUUCAAUGCCAGCUUUGCUUAGAAGAGCAAAUUCAUAGUUCUGUGUCAAUUUGUAAAUUGCAGUUGGAUAACAAAGAACGAAUAUCCUUUGAUUGAAUUCUCGAAAACAUUUGAUUUACGCUGGUGCUUUUAAAACGUUUAGGACGGAAGUAGAACGCAUAUCUUGUGAAUACGGGAAACAAGCAAACUCCAGUUCAUUCCAUAAAAAACAAGUAUCUGUUCCAUAAAAAUUGAGCACAAUAAAACUAUUUGGCAGGAAAUCCUUUGGUUCUGUAUUAAUAUACAUUUUCUACAAUUAUGACACCAAUUGAAGUAAUUUGAUAACUUUAAUAAGAACACAAUUUUUAAAUCUUUGUACAUAGAUAUAGAAGUAAUUUGCAAUCUAAUUUUUUUAAAUUAUACUAACAAUAACAAUUAUGAACGAUGUAAAAAAAUUAGAAAAGACCGUUUAUUUUGUAUAAUAUGAAGUAUUUCGUAAUCUGUUAUAACAAUUUUUGUCUGUUCUAACAAUCAAGAAAUCAUACAAGCGUAUACAAAAUGAACACAAACAAUUGAAGAUCUACAGAGAAAGUUUAAAUAUACUAUUCACUACACACAAAAGUUUUAAAGUGGAUUAUAAGAGUAUUGUUUAAUAAAGGAUGUUUAUAAGGUAUGGUAUGAGCAAUUAAAAGUGAUUUAUACUUUUACAAACAAGCUUUGAUCAUUUUCUUUUAAUGUAUAAACAUUAAAUUACAAUUUCUUAAGUUUUUAUUUUUUUUGUUAAUAAUCAACUCUAUUUGUGUAUUAAACAGAUUACAUCUGGCUAUAAGCGGAUGCGACUCAACAGUGGCUAUCGUGAACAGAUAGGGAGAACUGCAAGAGCAUCUUCAACUUCCUUGUUCAUACACUCGUUUUGGAUGGGGUUCUGAUGAAGAUGUUCUGUGUGCAGUUCCAAGUGCUCCCUCAGUCAGUGUUGAUGUAGGUGCCCCACUUUAGGUGGCAGCACCUCCCGACUGCGGAGAGAGAGAGAGAGAGAGCAGCCAUGCUGCGAGCGAGCGCCGACGCCGCAGCAGAGUUCCGCAGACCACGGUACAAGUCGGUUGAGCUGGAGAGAGAGAGAGAGGAGAGAAUAAAGUUAUUGUUCAGGAGAAGAGUGUUCAAUCUCUGGCCUAGCCUAGACGUCCUCUUCCCACAUUGGUGACCCCGACGCAGGCUUCUCGACGACGAGUCAACGAGCGCCGACGAGAAGAAGAAGAAACACACAUCUCGGCAAGUCUCUCCAGCCGCGGAGUCUUUAUCUCGCACGUCGCGGACAAAGACAUUUUGCGAUUGCGUCAUUCUUCACGCACAUCGCACACUCCCGUGUCCACGCUGGCACGCCGGUGCACACGCGGUGCAUUAUCGACAACCAAGUCGAUCUCCUCGACACACGUCUUUUCGUGUCGAGAGCGGCAGCAACAAGUCCUAGCGACGCACCGUCACUUUGAGCUAUACGCGCGCAGGCACGCCGGCGCGUAUAGUCUCCCCGCAACUAUACGUUGCACAACGUGGAAGCCCUCGCCGAUGGACUAAAUCUUCUGCGCGAAGCCACCGUCACCGGCGCCUUCUCAUCGUCAAGGCCGUGACCUUUGGCGCUCUCCAACAAAGGAUUUGCGUGAAGCCAUCGACACCGGCGCCUUUUGUCCACCCAACCAACACCUCCUCAUCGGCAGCAGUAGUGGUGGAAUUGUAGCGUCGUGUGUGGCGAGACGUGCGAAAAUCUCACACUCAGUUUCAUAAGGCUUAGGGCACGUCAGGCCUCUCACGUGCAUACACGUUGCUUCCUUCUCCCGGACGUUGGUUCACGCAGAAGGAACAACAAUCAUCUCUAGUUGAGAGAGUCCUCUUACACACGCCGCAAGGUCAACUCAGCGCCGCGGCAUAUACAGUCAUGGACAAGGUCAGAGAAGCUCGAACACAGCUGCAGGCAUACAGAAAUGCCUCUUCCGAUGAGCAGCUGCGUGCGGAUUGCUUUCGAGUCGAUUUAGACCUCGAGCAAUUCGAAGUCUUCCUUCAGCAAGCCCUCGAGCAUCGCGAAACACGAGCACUCACCACCAGAUACGCGAGUUCGUCAAAUUUUCCGGUCAUCCAAGAUGCUCAAGUUCCUCAAUUGUUCGUUAACAACAAACCUGUAUUGCGACUUUUCCUGCGUGACAUCCUGUAUCGCGUUACUAGGAAAAAGCUCUACGAAUGCUUGUCAGCACAAAGGUGCACCGAUUUUUCCAUAGAUAGUCUUAAGAAUACAAGAAAGGGCUCCGUCGCGGUCAUUUCUUGCAAGUUGCUGUCAUCCUCAUGCGCUAUUCAGAUCAAAUCUUGUAAAAAAGAACUGACUUUCACAGAUCCUAGAGGCAGAGUCUCAUACAUCAAAACGAGACCCGAUCAAUUCACUCAGCAAGAACCUUUACCGAGCACUCAGCCCGCAUUCAACAAAUUAACGCUUCUACCCACUCGUCUUGUAGACAUUUUACAAUGUGGAGAUGUGAUCAAACGCUUAGCUCACUAUCUUACUUACAAUAAUUUCCUAAAUCUUUACACAGCUUGCCAUGAUGACCCCCAAUUCCAUGGCACAGCACUUCCAUUCGACUCUUGUUACGAUCGGUACUCUCACCCCAGUGGUCUGAAUAGAAUGCUUGAGGAUGUCAAUAACUUCAAAUUCACUAGUAUUUCAUUCAAUACGUCAAUGGCGCUGCGUCAGCCACAGGCCCAUUCCCGACAAGUAUCUUCGUCUGCGCGAAAUGGACCUAUCAGCUGUCACUGGCUCUAAGAAAACUUUCGACUUACUCUCGGACAGUUUUGCAAUAAACAAACUCACGUUGGGCAGCACUCCAGGUGGGUGCGACGAAUUUCUAACAAUAACCAACUUAGAAUCACUGAACUUUGUAAAUAACAAAAAUUUAUCGCUUAAGUUUUUAACCAGAGAAAAAUGCAGUUCUCUGCGUUCUCUAUCGUUUAACAACUGCCAAGAAGUGCCUAUCGAACGUCUGUUCGACUUCGUAAAAAACAAUACACACCUUGCAGAAUUAAAUUUCUCAGAUUCUCAAGGUAGAAAGAGACACACAGUCGAUCUUAUUAUGUCAAUUUUCUCACCGUCCAAUGUCACUGAAGCAUUUAACUUCAAUUAUUCAGCUUGUAAAGUAUUCCGUACUGAGAUCAUUCCUCGAGUAGUAUUCUUGCGUACGAAUGCUCUCAGAACACUCAAUCUCGAAAACAACGACUAUUUCAAAGGUUUUGUUACAGACAUCAUAGACAAUGCGCCAAACCUAGUCGAGUUGAACUUAUUAGUAUUGGACUUCAAUUAUCCGUUACUUCUUUCAAAUUUACCUCAAUUACGGUCGAUCCGGAUAAAUUACAACUACCAUAUUGUAAAUGCACUCAUCAGUGCUGGUCCUAAACAAACCUUUGAAGUACUCAUAAACAAUACGUGGGGAAAGAAAAGAACUCGAGUAAUCAACCUAGCUAACUUAGCUGGAGUGAUUCACGCCUGCGAACAAAUAGAUUUUAAGUUUGUUAACUGUCGAAUCAAUGUUCCGACGCACGUUCGCCAAGAUCUCGCUACACAUGGCGUUAGUCUACGAGCGUUAGACAAUACUGUCUCUUUACUAAAGACUUUGUAAAUACUUUAAGUUCAUAUUAAUAAGUUCAUACCGCGAGUUGUUACCAUUAGAAUUUACACAAUCGUUAUAUUGUAAUCUCAGAUUCUAAUAUCUUUAGUUUUAAUCAUAACUUCUGUAAACGCUCUCCAGCUACUGACACUUCGCAAUCACAAAAAAAUGUUGUAAUCUCUCUCCGUCAUAAUUUCAUUGAUCAAAAUAAUAAAAAUACUUUUCAGUCUUCUUGUUUCCUUUUCGGGGGGGAGUACUGUAGGUGCCCCACGUUAGGUGGCAGCACCUCCCGACUGCGGAGAGAGAGAGAGAGCAGCCAUGCUGCGAGCGAGCGCCGACGCCGCAGCAGAGUUCUGCAGACCACGGUACAAGUCGGUUGAGCUGGAGAGAGAGAGAGAGAGGAGAGAAUAAAGUUAUUGUUCAGGAGAAGAGUGUUCAAUCUCUGGCCUAGCCUAGACGUCCUCUUCCCACAUUGAUUGGGCCUGUUUAAGCAUACAUACAUUUGAAAAAAAAGAAAGAAAUGUAAAUAUUUAUUAAUAAAAUAGCUAUAUUUUAUGUUU